UAUAUAAACCUAGCGUUGUCUAUCCUUGAACUUCAUUUCGCCUCGGCUCCAACACCUCAUACACAUUGAAUUACACAAGUAAAAGUAACGUACGUAACUUACUCAAGCAACAUAGAACAGUCGACUUCACAAACGGACUAUGGUGUUAGUGAAUUAUGGUGUGAAAUUAAACUGAACUGUGUUGGUGCUGAAUUUUUUUUGAAACUGUGAAGAUGAAGGCCGUACUGCAAACGAUACGGAUACUAGUCAUAGUUCUAUCCACCGGAAACGUUCGCUGUCAAGAUGGAUUCAGCAAUCAAGACCUCUUGCGUCUACAUCAAAUCGCCAAUGAAGGUCAGGUAGAGCCCAUCACUAGCUACAAUACUAAUGUACUACAACGAGAUGUAAACAGUCAGACGCUCAGUUCUCUGAGUGCUCAGUACCAAAUGGACGAUGUGCAAAAAGAAGAAGACUACAAUAGAGCGGAUCGUGGACGCGGUAAAAAAAUAUAUCGUAUAAAAAAUCCCUUCCAACGAAAUUUGAACGAAGAGACAUUACAGCAAGAUACCAACUCUGGGUCACAGGACAGCGACACCGGGGCUAGUAACCAGUAUGCGGCCAUGCAGUACUCAUUACCACCGGAACAAUUCCUCCAACAAAUGAGAGCAGAAAACAAUUAUUAUCAACAGCAGGCUGCUUCAGUAGAGCAAGCAUCUACCUCCACCCCCAACUUAGGAUAUACAGCUACACCGCAACCACAAUAUCAAUACCCGACAAUAGCCGCCUCAGUUUAUGACAACAAUGGUCAACAAUCGAAUCAAAUUUCGCAGACAGAACCAAAAAUGGCUCAACCCCAAACUUACCGAUCAAUUGACAACCUCUAUCACUACAACGGUCCUAACUCCUACGGAUUUGAAAAUGCACAAAGUAUCCCGUCUCCUUUACCACAGUAUUUAUCUACUGCAUCCAAUAAUCAAUACAUUGGUACGCCAGCUAACACUCAUGUGUCCAGUUCUUCUCCAAUAUUCUUGUCUAGUCCCUCAAAUUUACAGCAAUAUGUCUCGUCCCCGCAAGCACCCGUGCCAACAGGAGUAGUAGAAUACAAUAAUAAGGUUACAUCUACUAUAGGUAGCAAUAUAAUUAACUUUGACAACCCUGAAAAGAAAAUGCAAAUUGAUCAUUUUGAUAUUUCUACGAAUGGCUUAAGAUAUCAACCUCAAUAUCAAAAUGAUUAUCCAUCAUCAACAUCUUCACCUCCUCCUCUCUCUACUCCUUACCCUGAUCCUGUAAGAGAUUCUUGGCAAAAUACGAUGAAUUCGAAUGCAUUACAAAAAUCCUUCCAGGAUGCAGCCUUAUCACAAUAUCAAAAAUACCAUUAUAGCAAGAUUCAACAAGACAGCAGAAUAGAUCAAAAUUCUGAAAGCGAUACACAUAGGAUUGGUAACUUACCUUCCGCAAAUAACUUAUACUUAAGUUUCAUACAACCAGAUUAUCAAGCAUUGCAAAAUUUAAAAAGUCAUAACAGAGAAAUAGAACAAGAAAUUGGUCAAACCGAACGCUAUUCUCAUGGUGAAUAUGGCUGGAAGUUAAACGACAAGAAACCUCAAGGUAGUCCGACAGCAUAUUCUACCACGUCAAAUAAUUAUCCUUAUCAACAACGUUAUCAACCGUCACUUGCACUUCCGGAAGGUGUUGCCGUCAGCCAAAUGAGCUUUCAUAUGGAUACAGGAAAACCACCUAAUUUUGAACAUAUCUCUAAAUCAAGCUCGGAUGCACACACCGAUGCACAAGAAUUUGCCAAAGCCGCUGCUAAGGCUCAUGAAAAUAUGAAACGUCAGCAGUAUUACGGAAACGAUUAUUCUAAUUACAAUCCAAAUCCAUUAACUGGAGGCAGUAUUUAUGGCAAUGAAAAGCAAAGACCAAAAUUUUAUGAAAAUGCAAAUGCGUAUAUUUAUAGUAGUGCUCAACCGGAUUUAAUUACAGCUUCACCAUAUGCAUAUUAUAGUAAUUCUAGAGAAAAUAUAGUAGACGAUAAACCAAAGCAACCCUUUGAUCACGACAAAGCGUUGAAAAACAUUGUUCCCAUUGACGUGUCAAAUGUAGUUAACUCUGAAUCUCAACAAAAGUUGCCCCAAGGUCUGGAUAAUGGUCAUAGAUACACUCUACAACCAUACAGCAAAGACCAAUUAGAGCAAAAUUUGAAACAAAAUUUCAAAACAAUUACGGACUCGUUUUAUCAAGAUAAAAAUGCCAUUUAUGGAAUAAAUAUACGGCCGAAACCAGAAGAAAUAUCGUCGUCUGAUGGACUGAAAUAUGAACCUAACUUGAAUUUUUACAAUAAACAACCGGAACAGUAUUAUAGUCCAAAUUUGCCAACAUCUACUAAUUACAUUCCUUCACAAACAACUAGUUAUCAAGAUAGUCUUCAUUCUCCAGCCAAUAUACAACCUCAAGGCGUACAACGCCCUCAAAAUCCAACUGACAUUUCAAGUAUUCUGAAGCUGAACGACAUUCCAUAUAGAUUAACUCAAAAUUUACCACAAGAAUCAUUCCGUAUGAACAACGACUAUCAACAGCCUAUUGAAUUACCUACAUCAUUACCAUUGCGAUUGAAUCAAAACGUUGGAAGUCAUCAAUUAGACGUUGCGGCAAAAAUUCUUAAUAAUUUAGUGCUGAAUAAACAACAACAACAGAUGAAUAGACCGGAAAUUGAUUCCCAAUCAAGUGGCAUUCUAUCAACGAUUAAUGGAUUUAAAGUAGCAAAUCCUUACAAUGUAGACCUAAAUCUCGUAGCAAAUAUGUUAAAAGGAAAGCCAACAAUUGAUGAAAGUCGCAUGAUAGGUUUGAGGGAACCGUACGCUAAACCAGCACCACCUCUCAGACUGGAUCUUGGUCAGUUACAGCAGAUAUUUUUCAAACAUGAAACCGGUAAUCCUAGUCUUUCUCCGGUAAGCGAUGGUCUAAGUGCAUAUAACAAUCCGUACUUUGAUAUUUAUAGCAAUGGAAGAUUCCCUUAUCAAGGCGUGAAGUAUUCGCGUAGUCAAGAAGAAGAGGAAAGUAUUGUGCCUAUUGCUGACGCAUCCAACAAUCAUCCCAUAGGUGCGGUAGUCGAACAAGAUGAUCCAGUAAAUGUGAGAGAAAUUGACACUGAAACAGAAUUGACAGGACAGGAGGAUGAUCACCUCUCUGUUACUAAUAACCUUGGUGGAGAAAGACAUAAAAUUCCUAUUAGUUCUAAACCUAAGCUAAUAGAAAGACAUAGACAUCCAAUGUCGAUAUCAGGGCGGUUUUCUUAUCCCAGAAAGUAUGCUAAAGGAGGCAUUGCUGAGCCUUAUCCUUUACUUAAACCACCUCCUAGAACAAGAAGCAUUUAUAAUAAAAAUGACAAACGAAAACGGAGGGUUAAGAAGAGACCAAGAAUGGUUAGAAUUAUGAAAGCAGAACCUUUGUUUGAAGCCAAUAUUGAGGAUCAGGAGAUGCCGACUUUGCUAAGACCACCUCCGCCUGUAGCAGAAGCGAAAUCUGAUAAAGUAGUUGAUAAGGAUCAAACGUCGAGUUCUUAGAAACUCAACGCAUUCUAAUUAUAAAGCAACUUUGUUGUAAGUUAUCGUCAUGAGUUACUGGACUCAUGAGUUAUUGUUGUUCAUUUUGAUCUUUGAGGAGAUUUCCCUUCUAUAUGAUGGGUAGAAUAUAUAAUUCGAUUCUAUGGGGGUUAGGCUGUAUGGUGCUACAGACAUAUUUUAGUUAUUAUAAUACAAUAUUAUAUGUACUCGUAUAGUCAAGAAUUCUUAAUUCCUCCACGUAUCCAUCUAAAACGUAUUAUUUUUAAAUUGUUCUCUUACCGAAAUAAUGUAAACUGUUAUUUGGCAUUUAUUACCAAUAAUGAUUCGAUAAAAGUAUUUGUAAAGUAUGUACAUAGUUUUAGUAUAGUUAUCUAAGGCUUUUUGUAUUUUAUAAGUUGUAAAUAUUUAAAACGAUUGUUGCUCUAUUGUUUGUGUUGUGAUAAGGGAACUAAAAACGAUGUUAAGUUUAU